AUGAGAGAUUCUUAGAGUUUAAAAUCACAAUAUUAAUUUGAUAAUUUUUUAAGUGUUUAAACAGAAAACUAAGAUAGCGAGAAUAUGAAAGAGUUAGAUGGUAAAGAGAAGAACGAUUUCAAUAAUAUAAAUGAGAUAAAUGCAUUUUCGCCUCUUUUUUAGCAAUGCUUUGAUGAAGACUUAAAUAUGAAAGAUUUAAUCCCAAAAAUAGAUCUAAAUAAAGAUGGUAGAGAAGUUAGAUAAUUGGAAACUUUAUUUACUUAAGAAGAUGAAUAAAUGCUGGAAAAGAAUAUACUUAGAUAAGAUCAAAGUAAUAAAAUUAGAGCACAUAAUAUUUUAACUUAAAAAUCAUCAGAUCAAAACAGUAUUUGUUUAUCAUAGUAGAAUUAGCUUUUUGAUUUAGAAUUAAAAAAUACUUAAGAUUCAAAAAUUGUAGAUGCAAACUCUAAUAAUAUAAGAAAUUCAUAUGCAUCUUACAACCUUAGCUAACUAACUGAAAAAAUAAGAAACUCAAUUAUUAAAAAUAGGAAAAUAUAACAAAUUUCACCAAAUUUUUAACCAGAAAAUAAAAGCAAAAAGAAUUCUUUGAUUAAUUUUACUGGCCUAGAUUUAAAUCAGAAAAAAAGUAAUCAAAGCAAUAGAAAAUGGAACGUAGCUGUAAAUUUAUCAACGGCUUUAAGAGUAAAGCAGAAGUUGAAGAGUUUUUUACCUCAGAAAUUUUCAAAAGUUAGCCAAUAUGAACUCACUUUGAUUGGAGAUGCUUCUUACAUGAAUGAAAAAAAUAAUUUAAUUGAAAUAAAUCAUAAGUAUAAGCUAUUAAGUGAUUUAAUAUCCCACAAAUUUCAUCCAGAAUCUAUGUUUGUUAUAAUUUUCAAGUUAAUUACUCUCAUUAUAACAACUCUUAACAUAAUAAUCAUACCAAUGAUCAUUACCUUCAACUUUCAAUCCAAUCAAAUAUUCUCAACGUUUUAUACUUUAAGUUUGAUUGUAUUUUUUAUAAGAAUGAUUAUUAAGUUUAAGACAGCUAUUUAUGAUAAAGGAGAAAUCAUUUAUUCAUCAAGUCUUAUAAUUAAAAAUUAUGUGAAAGAUGGGUUUAUUUUGGAUGUCAUUAGUUUGAUAGGAUAUGUAUUAGGAAUUUAUAGUAGCUAUUUUUUCCUAUUUACAUUCCUAAGAGUGAAUAAUAUAAUGAAAUUAAUGGAUGAUAUCAAUAACCGUUUUUAUCUGACUGAAAAAUAUUAAAAAUUUUGGGUUUUAACAAAACUCUUUGCUAUGAUCAUUUUGAUGAACCAUUUCUUUGCCUGUUUUUUUCACUACAUAGGAAACUAUUUUCAAAACGAUCCAUCUGAUACCUGGAUUAAAACUUAAGGCUUGGAUUCCUGCGAUUGGAUUUAAAGAUACACAGAAGCAUUAUAUUUUUCAUUUAUUACUUGCAUUACUAUAGGCUAUGGAGAUAUUACACCUAAAAAUGACUAUGAACGAUUAACUGUGAUAAUAUUUAGUUGUCUUUCAACUGUUUGCUUUUCUUACUCAGUUAACACAAUUGGCAGUAUCCUUCAAGAUUACUAAAACAAAUAUUAAAAAUAUAUAUAAAUGAGAUAUAACGCAAUUAAAUUCAUGGGAAAUAGAAAAAUAAAUAAGGAAUUGUAAAUGAGAGCAUUGAAAUACAUUGAGUAUAUUCAAACAAUUGAAGAAGACAGUCCAGAAAAUGGGCUGUCUGUGGUAAAUCAGAUGUCUAGUUAACUUAAGUUUUAGAUUUUCUCUGAUUUCUAUGGAAAAAUACUAUCUUAACAUAAAUAUUUUGCACUGAAUUACAGUAAAUAAACAAUCAAUAAAUUAUCUUCGAGAGUUUAAGAAAAAUUAUUUGUACCCGGAGAAGUCAUUUUUGAGCAAGGAGAGCAAGAUAUGAGACUUUUCUAUCUUAUAAAAGGUGAGUGUGAGUAUUAUUUGUAAAAUAAAGGAGGAAAUAAACAUUCAUAAAUUUAAUCUAUUGCUUUUACAAAUGAAUAAAAUUUUUUUGGAUACAAAGGGUUUAUUUCAGGUAUUCCAAGAGAGAUGAGUUGUAGAUCUACAAAUAUCACUCAUGUAUUUUACAUCUCUAGAGAUGAUUUAAUUAGUGUUUUAAAAGAAGAUCCUUUAGAUUAUGAAUAAUUUUGCAAAGUUAGAGAUCAAUACUAGUUAUACACUAGUUCUCUAGGAGAGCAAUGCUUUACUUGCAAAAGUUAUAAACAUACUAUGAUAUAAUGUCCCAAGAUUCACUUUAGUAAAAAUAGAUAGCUAUUAAUGUAUAAAUAUAACUAUAGUGCUGAUUAAAUUAGAUAGUACAAAAAAAGAAAAUGUUUAAAAUAUGCUACUAUUUUAAAUAUGGAUUUAAUUUCUUUUUGUGCUAAAAAAUAUAGAAAAAAUAUAACAACUUCUUUAAAUAGAUAAAGAAAUGAUGCUCCAAAUAAUAAAUUUAAUGAAAAUUAUCAAGAAUGCUUGAUUCCUGAUAAAAUAUACUCUCUUUAAUAUCCAUAUGUCAAAUUUUAAGGUCAAACUUUUAAAGAUAUUAAAUUGUAUGAUAACUAAGAUUUAGAUAGCGAUUCAUUUAGUGAUUCAGAUAGUAGCUAUUCUUAGUCUUCUUUACCUAGUUAAUAGACUAUAAACGAAGAUUAGUACAAUGAAGACUUGGAAGAGAAUGAUGAUGAUUAGGAUGACUUUAAUAAUUAAAAAUAACUUUUUUUAUAAAACUCUAAAAAAUCAAGUUAAGAUUAAGAAAAUAAAUAGUUACAGUCUAAUGAUGACAUAGAUUUAUUUUAGGAGAACAAAAUAAAAAGAAAUAAUUUCAUGCAGAGAAAAUUAAGCUAUUCUCCAACUAAAAAAAAAUCUUCAAGCCCUGAUCGCAAAAAAGAUUCACAUUAAAAUUCUUAAUAAAAGUAGGAAGAGGGAGAAAUCAACAUGAAAAAAAAGUUAUUUACCAAAUAGGUUGAAUCGAAAAAUUAAGGAGAUAUUGCAAAGAAAAUAAAUUCAUAGAAUAAAAUAAACUCUCUAGAAGAUUUAGAAAAAUAAUAAUGCAACUAACAAUAAAAUAACUCAUCAAACCCAACCUCUUUCUCACAAAUGUGCCUUUCUAAGAAAUCAUCUAAAUAAAGAAAUUUAAAUGAUUAAAAUAAAAAUUAAAAGUAAUUAUAAAAGCAUCAUAUUGAGUUUAAUAUUGAUAAUAUAUCAAUAUAAAAUUGGUUCGAAAGUAAAAAAUCAUACAAAUCAUAAAAAAGUUAAAAAUUGUUUGAUAGAUCUGAUAAACCUGGUAGUAUAGAGUCAUUAUAGAAUGAAAAUAAACUCUAUAAGUCUAUGAGUCAUAAAAUGUAAGAAAAAUGUAAUAUUUAAAAGCAAUAAAUUAGGAGAUAAAAAGCUAUAAAAUCUAUGACGCUUUUGUUAAAAUAAAAUAGCUAUAAAGAAUAAAAAUAAAUUAACAAUAACAUAAAUGAAUUACAUCUAGAGUUAAGUAAACAAAAAUUUAACUAAAUUUUAGAGAAGCAAAACCAAUUCAUGUAACAAAUUGCUAAAAGUAUUUAAUAAUUGUAAGAAAGCUAAAAAAAUAAUAUUUUAAAUUUAGCUGAUCAUAGUGCAAGCUAGCAUGAAUAAAAUUCUAAAGAUAAUGAAUAAAUGAAGCUGCAUAGAAUAAAUGUAAAAAAUACUUAAUAAAUUGAUUCAGAUUUAUUCUUUUAUGAGUUUGACAGUGUCAAAGAAUUCAAAAAAUAUUUUCCUUACAAUAAUGCCUCUUCGGUGUGUUAGAGUCUUAAACCUAAAGUGAAUUAAAACCAAUAAAUUAAUAAUUAAAGAUACAGCUUCUUGAGUAAAAGAUCGAUCUAUUAAAAAAAGAAUAGUCUUCUCUUAAAAUCCAAAUCAGAAUUUUAUAAGUAAAAAUAGUAACAAGAUAAAGAGUGA